CAGCCCGCCUCCACUUCUGAAGUCAAAAAUAAUCUCCCAAUUGACCUUUCGCAAAACCCCGCCCCCAAACGGUCAUUGUCCAAUCAUACAUCCUAGCAACCGUUACUAUGUAAACAAGGUCCGACAAACAAAGUCCGACAAGCAAAAUGGUGAAGCGAUGUGCCUAUGGCGUAUGUAAAUCGGACAGUAGGUACCCCAAGAGUUUGGCUGGGGGAGUCGUGUUCUUUCCUUUUCCAAAGCCGAAAACACAACAGGAGCGGUGCCUACGAUGGAUCAAACAGUGUGGAAGGCCCCACUCCCAGCUAAAUGUCACGAAAAUAAACAAGCAUGCAUACGUCUGCUCCAAGCAUUUUGUGAAUGGACAGCCUACCCCUGAGUAUCCCGACCCUGUACUUGCUGUACAAGUGUCGAACCAGACUAGGGAGCAGCUCGGAGGCUGUCGAAAGCCACCCCAAAAACGAUGCAGAUUAAGUGUGCAGGAUGCCUCUGGCUCCACCUCCAGCACUGAUGAUGCAGACGAGACUCAACAGUAUAUUGUUGACAGUGAGAGUACUGAGCAACCCCCACUUCCUGGAUGCCAGCUAGAAAGGGAGCCUGAGGAGGAGCAGAGCACUGAAAAGGAGAAGAAAUUAGAAGAAGAAAACAACAACAUGAAAUUGAAAUUGUCUUUAAAGGAAACUGAAAUAGAAAGGCUGAAAGCACAAAUUAGCACACUUAAAAAGAAAACUCUAACACCUGAACUACUUGAAAGCAGUGAAAUCCCUAAAAUGUUGGAAUACAGUACUGGGUUUACAUAUGAUCGAUUCAACCAACUGUGCACAAUAUUUGGCAUCCCAAAUGAUCCACACACCACUCAAAUAAAUGUGCCCUUAAACUACAAGCGCAAUGAUUGGCAAGUUGCUGAGAUGCCCCUCCGUAGCCAGUUGCUGUUUGUUUUAAUGAAACUCCGCAACAACGAAGACCUAAAGAACCUUGCCUUUAGAUUUAAUAUAACCACGCAAACAGCAAGUACUAUUUUCAAUUCCUGGAUUCAUUAUAUGUUUGACGUAUUAGGUGAAUUACCAAUUUGGCCUCACAGAGAUGUCAUUGCACAAAACAUGCCAGAAACCUACAAAGCAGACUACCCAUCCACAUUUGCAAUAUUAGAUUGUACAGAGCUGAAAAUCGAAAGGCCAACGUCACUGGUGUUGCAAAGCCAGAGCUUUUCAAACUACAAAAGCACAAACACCCUAAAAUCGCUAGUUGCCUGUGACCCCCGUGGUGCUGUGAUUUUUUCAUCUGCCCUCUUCACAGGAUCCAUGUCCGAUAAGGAGAUAGUCAGGCAAUGUGGUAUCAUCCCGUUACUAGAGAAACUUAUAGAGAGUGGCUAUUUGCAAAGAGGGGAUGGCAUAAUGGCUGAUAAGGGCUUCUUGAUCGAGGAAGAGAUGCGAGCAGUCGGACUGCAGUUAAACCUGCCACCGUUUUCGAGAUUUAAGAGGCAAAUGCCCACUGGAGAUGUGCUGGUGACAAAGCGCAUUGCAAAGCACAGGGUGCACGUAGAGAGGGCCAUCGGUAAAAUAAAAAAGUUCAAGAUGGUGUCAGACAAAAUUCCUAAUACAAGGUUAGGGAUUAUAAAUCACAUCUUGUAUGUGGUGAGCAUGCUUUCAAACUUCCAGCCACACAUACUUAAGUAAGGGACAGUCUGGGACAGUCGUAGCAUCACAUGGCAACAAAUACAAAGUAUUACUACAUGACAUUAUUACUGCUUUAACCUGUUAUUUUUACUCACCACUGUGGGGCAUUUUGUCAGCCUGAGCUGUGGAAGGUGCUAUAGAAAUCCUUGUUUCAUGUUUUUAUGUGUAGGUGUAUAUAAUAUGUCAGCCCAAUUUUCCUUUUUUUACAUUGUAAGCACAAUUUAGAAUUUGUAAAUGUCAAAUUUUAAUGAAACUUUAAUAAAAUCUCACCUGGUGGCUUAGACCGCACCCCACUGCAUACUUCCUGCCUCCAACUUCUACCUCAGGUGCAGUUUCAUCAGCAAUGUAGCUUAUAGGUGCAUCUGACAUCUCCCUCAGUAGACCAUACACUGCUGUCCCUAACUCUUUCCUUUAACAAAUACAUUCAGAGGUGAGUAUUAUUGUCUAUCAUGUUACACAGUACACAGGAAUAUGUUCAGAACAGUGUGACUGAUGGUGUUGCUGUAGAGUACAUGGAAAGUAAAAUACUUACUUAUUGUGGAUAUAGCUGGACAUGAUGGGUUUCCGCUUGCGGUUGACUUUGGCCUUGGCUACCACCACACUGCUCACAGGUUGUCCAGUUAUUUUUUUACCCCUGGCUUUGUGCCACUGCUGAGGCUGGCUUGUGGAGGAGAUGUCAUUAUGUCUGGCACGGCACAGGUCCAGGGUGUACAUAAGGCCCACAAUGUGAGAGCAAAAACCUGGUGAACUGAUUUAAGCCAGAAGUAGCAUUAGGUGUUUGUUUUGGAAAUGCUAUUUGCAGUGACUAUGAAUUGCUUAUGUCAACCAGCCUUAUGACAAUAAUGUUACUAGCUAGUUACUGCAAUAUUAGAGUGCCUUGACAUGUAACCUUACAUCCAUGAUGUAACAACAUAUUGUAACAAGCUAGACUCUGAUGACGUUGCUUCUUGCUAGAAAGGAUAGUUGAAAGGAUGUUGACUAGCUAUCUAACUAAUUUAAAUAUUUCAGUCAACAUCCUCCUGAAGUAUACAAGUGUCCUGAACUUACCCGGCAGUGCAAGAGCAUAACUGGUCCAAAAGGCUGUGCUCGUUGCAUGUGAGGUAGAGAUCAUGGGGUUUCUCAGAUUUUGCCAUUGACCGGUACGCUUUCGCCUCGACAGUCGUAGUGUCCCCUUCUUUGUUUAUUUUAAUGUUUUUAAUGUAUCCCUCCACCGCAUACUGUAACCCCUUUUGCCUCGAUCUGGAGGAUAUCGCACAAGUAUUGCUCCAAAAAGAGUCACUGACACGCACCGCUAUAUUUUUCCCCGACAUGACACUGUGUUGACACUCCGUCGGCGUCAAGAAGCUUGUCGGGCUAGCAACGGUAACUAAGGGGG